GUUUCAGACAACUAUGUCGUCAAACCGGCAAGCAAGGUACCUCUUUUAAGCUCGGAGGACAUGAAGAUGAAGAGACCCCAAGCAAGUUACGUUUUGGCCCUCGUGAAAACACACUGAGAAGAUGGGAUCACGUGACUCAAGAGGCAUUUCCGUUUCAAGGACUUUUCCUUAAACACCUCGUUCUUAUCGGAAGUUUUGUUACGUUUCAGCUCUCGUGAAAAAACACUGAGAAGAUGGGAUUACAUGACUCAGAGGCAUAUCCGUUUCAAGAACUUUUCCUUUAACGCCUCGUUCUUAUCGGAAGUUCAGGGUUAAAAGGACCCUCAAUCAAGGAGAAAGUUGAGGGGAGAGAUUCCUGAGAGCACCAUUGAAGAAGGAGAACAUCAUUCUCAAAUAUGGUAGAUAAGCACUCAGGAUGCCCAAUUCCUGAUGGCCGGGAGUUGAAGAGUGAAAUCCAAAAUGACGGAUCUAAAACCUUGUAUUAUGUGAAUUUGGGAACAGGAAUACGAGUAAACUCAGUGGAAGAUAUGUUUUGUUACAAGAAUAGCAAAUCUGGGGAAAAUAAUCCCAAUCAGAAUUAUGUGAAUUUGGGAACAGGAAUACGAGUAAACUCAGUGGAAGAUAUGUUUCGUUACAAGGAUAGAGAAUCUGGGGAAAAUACUCCCAAGCAGACUGGAGGCCGCACCAAAGUCGGCCAUCAAUUCUGCAGUCGGUGCAAGGAAGUUGGCCACAAUAUCUUCCGUUGCCCCUUUAGCGGAACAUUAUCUCAUGGUACUGUCACGCUGCAAUCAACCUCUGACGUGAGAGUCGCUCCAAAUGUCACAUUCAACUACUAUUCUAAUUCAACUGACCUUGCUCAUUGUGUUAGCGGCAUGAAGAAGAUUGGUGAAUUCUUGAGCUCAGACGCAUUAAAACCAUAUAAAGUGGAAGAUUUGCCGGCCAUAGAAGGUUUUGAUAUUUUGGGAAUACCUUUGCCAGAGAACCAGACAGAUGAUGCAGCUUUUGAAACAUUUUGCCAAGAGGCAGUAGCGUCAUAUUGGCAUUACCAUGGUGGAUGCCUUGUCGGGGAGGUGCUUGAUGAUGAUUUCCGUGUUACAGGGAUCAACGCAUUACGCGUUGUUGAUGGCUCCACAUUCCCUUCCACACCAGCGAGCCAUCCACAGGGCUUCUAUCUGAUGUUAGGGAGGUACGUGGGCUCCAAAAUUCUGCAAGGAAGAUUUGUUGUUACGUUUUGGCCCUCGUGAAAACACACUGAGAAGAUGGGAUCACGUGACUCAAGAGGCGUUUCUGUUUCAAGGACUUUUCCUUAAACACCUCGUUCUUAUCGGAAGUUUUGGUAAUGCCUUCUCUGUUAUCUGGCAUUCAUCCUGUCUUGAGCGUUUUUACUGUCUUCUGGUGAAUGCUCUCGUGAAAACACACUGAGAAGAUGGGAUUACAUGACUCAGAGGCAUAUCCGUUUCAAGAACUUUUCCUUUAAUGCCUCGUUCUUAUCGGAAGUUUAGGGUUAAAAGGACCCUCAAACAAGGAGAAAGUUGAGGGGAGAGAUUCCUGCAAGCACCAUUGAAGAAGGAGAACAUCAUUCUCAAAGAUGGUAGAUAAGCACACAGGAUGCCCAAUUCCUGAUGGCCGGGAGUUGAAGAGUGAAAUCCAAAAGGACGGAUCUAAAACCUUGUAUUAUGUGAAUUUGGGAACAGGAAUACGAGUAAACUCAGUGGAAGAUAUGUUUUGUUACAAGAAUAGCAAAUCUGGGGAAAAUAAUCCCAAGCAGAAUUAUGUGAAUUUGGGAACAGGAAUACGAGUAAACUCAGUGGAAGAUAUGUUUCAUUACAAGGAUAGAGAAUCUAGGGAAAAUACUCCCAAGCAGACUGGAGGCCGCACCAAAGUCGGCCAUCAAUUCUGCAGUCGGUGCAAGGAAGUUGGCCACAAUAUCUUCCGCUGCCCCUUAGCGCAACAAGCGGCAAUAGUAAAACCUACUGCUGCUGGGCAACUCGCAAUACUGCACGCAGUGUAGCACUACCCAAUUUCUUGUUUUAGGGCAGAGGAUAGAAAGUAUAUUCGUACUGGACUUAGUUAUUCCCAAGGACAGUGUCUUGAAGGUUUGAGUUGCAGUUAGGACACUAAGUAACAUUGAGGCAGUGAUGUGUCCAUGCCCUCAGUAACUAUGGGCCAGAUGUGUAUGCAUUUGGUUAAAGGCAUGUCAUUUUCUCUAGCAUACUACCUCUGUAUAUUAGGACUAAAAGCUUUAAGGCUUCCUUCUCCUUUCUAGAAUGAGAACUUACCUUUAAAGUGCAAUGCAAAAGUUCUGCAUGCAUCUUAUCCGGCAAAUCUGAAAAAUGAAUGCAAUCCUACAUGGCACAAAAGUUAUAUAUAAAUCGAGCUUUUUAAGUAAAUAUUACUUUCCAUAUGUUCAUUAGGAAUUUGAAGAAA